UUGUUUUGCAUAGUGCAGAGGGAGAUGUUGCUAUUACUUUUGAUGAAGCUUAUCAAUGAAUCAUCUAACUUUUCAAAUGAGCAUUAGACGUGUUGAGAUCAUCAAAGCACGUUUAGAAAAGAUGUUAGAGGAAAUAUAGGUCCCUAGAUGUUUUAGGAGAAUUGCUUGAGGUCUAAACAGAUAGUAGUGUGUCUAUUUGAUAGUUUAGUGGAUGUUUGGUUGUAGGAAUGAAAUAAGUGGAAACAUGUUAGAUAUCACAGAUACUAUUUCUUCAUUAAGAAGGAGCCAUAAACAUGUUUCUGGCAGUGUUUUUGUCUGAGAGUUUGUUAGAGUAAAAUUCUAAGAGCUCUUCCCAUAUCUUCAUUGUUUCCCUUCCUCUAUUUUAUGGUUAGAGAUUUUCACGUGACAAACAGAUCUGAAGAUAUAGCAACGUAUGCUGGUAUCCUCGGAUCAUCAUUCAUGGUGGGACGCUUUCUGUUUUCAGUGAUAUGGGGAGUUGCCGCUGAUAGAUAUGGCCGCAAGCCUGUUAUUAUCAUUGGUGCCAUCUCUAUAAUCGUAUUGAAUACCUUGUUCGGGCUAAGUGUAAACUAUUGGAUGGCCAUUUCAACAAGAUUUUUGCUUGGAACUUUUAACGGCUUGAUUGGUACCAUAAAAGCAUAUGCAACAGAAGUCUCGAGAGAGGAACAUCAUGCAGCAGGCUUGUCAAUUGUGACAACCACAUGGGGAAUCGGCCUGAUUAUCGGUCCAGCAAUUGGAGGAUUUUUGGCCCAGCCUACACAAAAAUAUCCAUAUAUUUUCUCAACGGAUUCUUUUUGGGAAAGAUUCCCAUACUUUUUGCCAUGUGUUGUUAUAUCAACCUUUGCAAUCCCAGUUCUUGUACUUUCAUUUUUACUUCCAGAGACGUUACAUAAACAUCCUCAUGGGCAAGAAGAGGAAAAGUAUGACCCCAAUGUAAUUAGCAUUGACAUUGAGAAAGAAGAGCCGCAAAAUGAAAAGGCAUGCAUGGAAGGAAAGAAAAAAGGAAAGAUGUCAACUUUGAAGUCAAUCAUAAACAAUUGGCCAGUGAUGUCAACCAUCAUAAUAAAUUGCAUUUAUUCUCUUCACGAUAUUGCAUAUUCAGAGAUAUUCUCUCUUUGGGCUGUAAGCCCAAAAAGGUUAGGAGGAUUGAGUUUUACCACGAGUCAAGUAGGUGAAAUCCUUGCCAUCUCCGGUUUUGGACUAUUAAUUUUUCAACUAACAACUUUCUCACCACUGGCUAAGCUCUUUGGGCCUAUCCAUGUAACUCGCAUGUCAGCAUUGAUAUCUAUACCAUUACUAUCAGCGUACCCAUUUAUAGCCCUACUAAGAGAUCAAGCAUUAUGGAUUAUCAUUAAUUGUGCAUCAUUAUUAAAAAAUAUCUUAUCGGUGAUGACUAUUACGGGAACUUUCCUCCUACUAAACAAUGCUGCGCCACAAGAUCAAAGAGCAGCAGCAAAUGGGCUUCAGAUGAGUGGAAUGUCCUUUUUCAAAGCAAUAGGACCAGCAGCAGCAGGCGUUCUUUUUUCAUGGGGACAAAAGAGACAAAAUUCAGAUUUCCUUCCAGGUUUUCACAUGGUCUGUUUCAUUUUAAAUAUUAUUGUUAUUAUUUUCACUAUUAUGACAUUUGAUCCCAUCUUACCUCGUUCAACCAACAAACCUCUAGCAAAGGAUGGAAACGACUUAGGGUCUGAAAAGCAACGACAAAUUGAGCAAGAAGAUGUCCCAGCUUCAUGAUUUUCAGUGAGCUGACAAGUAUCAGUUUGGCAAUCUUUUUAUAUGUUUAUUAAAUGUUCAAAUUUUUAGAAUUCAAUGAGCCAACCAGUAGAAACGUGAGGGAGUUAUUGUCUAAAAUAUUGAGUUAUCUGAUUUAAUGGUAUCUGUCAUGAAGGAUCUUUCCUUAUAUUGGCAUGCCAUGUAUACUAAUUGUUGUGGGCUGGAGUAUUGAUGUGUGAUGCAAUCUUUACAGCAGAGCAGAAGAUUAUGCAAGGCAACAUCAAGACAAAAUGGUGUCCACUCAAUUUAUUGGCAGUUUUUUCAGUUGGUCAAUCUAAAUCAAAGAAUAUGCCAAGCAUUGACCAUGUGGAAUCAAGGGUCUUCAAAAUUGUUUUGGUAUACUUGUCAAUGUAUUAUCAACAUUUUCAGCAAUUUAAUUUGUUUUCGGAACC